AUGUCAGCUCCAUUCAAGCGACAAGGUAGCUCCACACACCGGGGUCAAAGUUAUUACAAACGCCCUCGAAUGGCGCCUAUGAAACCACCACGAAAACCAUUCUUCGAUUUCAGACUCUCUAAAUUUGUAAUUGGUACUUUCGUUAUAGAAAAAAAUGAACUUGAAGAAGAUAAGGGAGACUGUAGACUUAGAUUUUAUUUGAAUAAUUCAACGGAUCCUUUAUCCAAACAGGAUGCAAUUGCUAUUACUUGGCGUAGUGGGCAAACACGAUUAGUUUUUGAUAUUCAACACGUAUUGAAGAUAACAUUAACCCAGAAAACUGGAUAUUUUGUAAUCUCCACCGAUGGCGUGGCUCAGGUAGAAAAAUUGGAUAAUGGUACGUAUGUAACCAGUGAGGAAGAUCCAACUAAUGGUCAAUUAGCCCAGCAUAGCAAUAACAUCGAGUGUUUUGUUGAUAUGGAUAAUCCUGUCACCCAACCUAAAUGGACACGGGCAAAUAUCAAUGAAUGGACUAAUGAAGGGUCAAAUUUUAGAAAAAUACUCGAGAUCACGGAUGUGGAAGUGGUUAAAACAUUAGAAGACGUAGUAAAUUCAUGGGCUCGAACUUCUAAUAUUGGUUUACAGAGUGAUAGAAUGCUUUUUGCUAAAGUUCAACUUUGCAAAGUGGAUCGACUUUUUGAAAUAAUUACACGUUUAAUACGUAAAGAAUCUUCUCUUGGGCCAGCUAUUGAUGGACUAACUAAUCUCAUUAAAGAUCUUUCUGAAAAAGCAAACAUGCCAUCUUCUGAAUUAGAAAAAAUAGUUGCUCCCAUCGUGAAUACUAUACCAGAAUAUUUGAUCUUGAGGGCGUUGGAUGCUAUGUGGAAGGCAGAAGAAAGAGAAAACGAGGCAGCGUAA